AUGAAGAGAUCCGCAGUAUCCGAGAAUAUUGAGCCAGGAGAUAAUCUUAAGACCUACUCGUGCUUGACUUGUCGGCAGCGCAAGGUCAAAUGCGACCGUUGCACUCCCUGCUCCAAUUGCAUCAAGGCCGAGAAGCAAUGCAGCUUUAUUCCUCCUGUGCGCGGGAAGCGAAAAAGAACAAAACCUCCCAGAGAAAGUCUCCAUGCCAAGUUAAAACGAUACGAGGAAUUGUUGAAAUCUUACGGUGCAAAGUUUGAGCCAUCGGGAGAUUUUGAUGACUCGGAGUCGGAAACGGCAUCUCAGCCUGAUGAUGUUCAGAUGGAUGAGGAGGCUGUCCCUCCAAGCCAACGCCCCAACCUGGGAGAAACUAAACCAAGGCUUAUCAUUGAUAAGGGCACAUCUAGAUACUUUGACAGUGCUCCUUGGUCUAGCCUAGGAAAUGGACUUCACCAUCCGGAGGUUGGUGAGCCAAUUGAUGAGUCAAACAUUCAAGACAAUGAGCUGUUCUUCGAACCUGAACAAUUUGAUAAGCCCGACAACCUGGCAAACCUUCACCUCUCGCACCAGAUGUUAUCAAAGUUGAAGGAAAUAUAUCUUGAUCGAGUUGACCCUAUGAUAAAAAUCUUACAUGUGCCUACAUUCUGGAUCUCAGCAACCGACGGGUUGAGUGAUCCUCAAAGCAUGCCAACAGACUUGGAGGCAAUGAUUUUUGCUUUCUACCUUGCGACAAUCUCUACUCUAAAAGAAGAUGAAUCCCAACAUCUAUUUGGAGUACGGAAAUCAGUCAUGUACUCCCGAUAUAGACUCGCGGCUCGGCAAGCUUUAAUAAAUGCAGGUUUCCUAUCAACGUCCAGUCCAACGACCCUUGGUGCAUAUGCAUUAUUCAUGACGUGUAUAAGAAAAAGCUAUAAGUGUGAUACCCUAUUCGUUUUAUCGGGCGUCGCUAUACGACUUGCGCGCAAAAUGGGGCUCCAUCGGGAUAGUUCAACUCUAGGACUCUCUCCAUUCGAAACGGAAAUGCGAAGGCGACUUUGGUGGCAUUUAGCUUAUGUGGACUUCCGCCUGGCAGAUGUGCUGGGGACGAAACCGUCGCUGGAUCUUUCCUGCAGCGAUAACCAAAUGCCUCUGAAUGUCGAAGACGAGGACCUCCACCCUGACAUGGUCAACCCACCACUGGGACGCCGCGGCAUUACUACUACUACUCCUUGUUUGGUUAAAUACGAGAUUAUGGGGAGUCUGCGUGAAUUUCCAACAUCGUGUCCUAGUGAAUGGCGCUGGGAGGCACUCUCCAGUCCGGAUGUCACAAUCAUGAAAAAGGACAACAUCAUCAGCCACAUUGAGGAUCGACUGGAAGUGAAGUAUCUGCGAUAUUGUGACCCGUCGAACUCGCUUCAUACUUUUGUAUCAAUCAUAAUCAGGUCAUCAAUAUGCAAAAUGAAGCUCUUUGCGCAUAACCCACGACAAUUUGCCAACGAUCCUAUCAAAGUCCCCCAAAGCGAGCGCAACAUAUUCUUUGCUAACGCUAUGAAACUAUUGGAAUAUGUCAUUUUCAUGCAAGAAGGGACCCAUGGUCUAGAAAAAUAUAAAUGGAAUUUUGGCACAAGCGUUCUCUGGAACGUGAUACUCUACGUGCUCAUCGAAGUUCGACACCGAAAAACAGGGACUGACGUUGAUAAGGCAUGGAGGUUGAUUGAAACCGUAUUCUCGUAUUACCCUCAGGUGUUUGACGAAUCCCCCGGGCCUGUAUAUAUAGCACUAGGCAAGUGGACGUUAGAGGUUUGGGACGACCACGUUGCGGCCUUGAAGGCAGACGGCCUUCCAGAACCAUUGACACCCGAUUAUAUCAAUGCAAUCGGUCACUCCCGACGACCGGCAAUAGAGUCACCAUUCAAGGCCAAGAUUCAAGCGGUAGCACCUGAACCUGCCACUCGAGAAACCAUGGACCAGGACAGAAUCCAAUCUCUGAAUCACGAAGACAAUCACUUCGAUGGGGGAGCUCUCGACUUCUAUGACCUCCCUAACCUCCUGUCUUUCGAGAUGGACCCAAACGAAUGGAUUCAGUGGGAGCAGCUAGUUGCGGAGCAGGGAAGCUUCGCUCAAGGUGAUAGUAUGUAAUACUCUAGGGUUGGUUUUACCGUUUGAAGAAUGGAGAAUAUCCUCGUUGAAUGCUUCGAAUAUUGUGAUUUCCAUAAU